AUGAGCGACAACGACGCGUUUAUGGAAGAUUAUGGGGACUCAUUGAACGACGCGGGCGAUCCUUACGAAACAAAAACCACCCGAAACGCAGCAGAGGCGCUGGACGCGUCCCUGCAAGCACCCAAUGCAAACGACUUCUCGAAUGCUCGCCUUAUCGAGGAGCUAGAGAACAGGAACUCGCGAGUAAGUGGAUUUCGAGAUCAAGAUGUGGUCACUCUUCAAAAAAUCCUGGACGCAGAAUUCGAGCUGGAAAAGGAAAGCAUUAUCAAACACCAGCGAGAGAAGAGAGAACAAGCCGCCAAGCAAGCUGGUCUGCAACGGAAGCGAAUGAUGCUAGAGAGGCAGCUACGAGAAGAGAUAUCUGAGAUUGGAAAAGACCAAAGAAUUGAGUUUUGGCUGAACCUGGUAAAACAAAACGCCACGCCACCUACAGCUCGGAUAGACGUCAACUCCGUCACUGCUCGAGCUCUUGCCAAGUCGAUGUGGACCAACACUUCACUUACCAGCCUGGACUUAUCGCGCAACGGCAUUGACGACGCGGCCGGUACAUACGUUGCACGUUUGCUCAAGCGCAACACAGCCUUGGUGAACGUUGCGCUGGGGUCCAACCAGCUCGGAGUAUUUGCAUGCCGCGCUUUCGGCGAAUCGCUCUGCUCAAACUCCACCCUCAAGUGUUUGAGCCUUGAGUCGAACUCCUUGACUAGCGAUGGGGCAAACAUGUCGGGGAUACAAGCGCUUACGGACAUGUUCAGCAAAAAUAGCACCCUCACAUCCGUCAAUUUGUGGAGGUGUGCGCUUGGGGCAGAAGCGGGGGUGGCACUCUCUCGGGGCAUGGAAUCAAAUCACACCAUCACCUUCCUCGAGGUUGGGUUGAAUGGUCUGGCGAUGGCCGACCAGCACAAGGUGAAAACAGCAUUGGAAAACAACUUCAAAAGAUUUGAAGAAUGCCAAGCAGUACGCCGACAAGAGCUGAGUAUCGCGGAUAAAAUAUUAGCAGAGGAGAAAGCCAUGCAAGAGCAGCUGAGGGCUGAAAGGCAACUCCGCGAAUGGCUUGAGGAUCAAAAACAGCUGCGAGCCGAGGAACGUCGAAAGGCGGAAGAGAAAGGGUAAGCACUCACUACGAUGCACAUAUCCGCAUGUGGGAUUCCAUGAAUAGCCAUUCGAUAGCGAAACGUGUCUGUUCCCUUUCAUGUCUUCGUAACUAUCAGACCAAGACGUUAUGGACCCAGUCCCCUGAAUAUGCAAGCGAGACUUGAGCAUCCAUGCAUUGUUCCACCAUUCCAACGAGACAAACCAACCGCACACAUCAAUCAUUCACAUUCAGGUUUGCCCAGCAAGCCGCAAUGGAGGCAGAGGCGGCUCGGCUCCUUCAAGAAAAGCUGGAAGCAGAGAAGAAGGCCGAGGCUGCCAAAUCUUCGAAAAAGAAGAAGGGAAAAAAAUAGUGCCCCACAGCCGGUAGCAUAAGGCACGCGUCCUAAAAUUCACCCGCUGAACGAAUGAUACCGCCCCGUCUCAACCUUCGCCCUGAAUCCUACACAGCAAACGACACCCAACACCAGCACUUAAAAAAUCAAGCACGUCCCUUGGGCGAACAAACAAAAGGGUGCAGACGAAAACUAGAAGUGGAUAGGCUUGUCGUACGUUGCCAUGCAAGCCUCUUUCAGCGCCUCACUGAGGGUAGGGUGGGCGUGGCACGUUCUGGCAAUAUCUUCGCUCGAAGCUCCGUACUCCAUGGCAAGCACCACCUCCGCGAUCAUUUCGCCGGCGUUUGGCCCCAGAAUGUGAGCGCCAAGAAUACGGUCUGUCUCCUUAUCGCUGAGGAUUUUGACCAUUCCAUCUUUGUCGCCCACGCACGAGGCACGACUGUUGGCCGAGAACGGGAACGUUCCCUUGUUGUACGCCACCCCCGCCUCUUUUAACGCUUCCUCUGUCUUGCC